AUGCCAUCUCCACAUGUGGGGAUGGCCCUCCGGCGCCUGGCCUGGGCCGUGGCUUCCCACCGGCUGACCCCCUGGACACAUGGAGUGAGUGGCCACCUGCACACAGCCCCGGCCACACGCUCGGACUGCGGUGCCCCAGUCUUCAGCCGCGCCCCGGCCUUCGGGGACAGGCUCGCCCUUGUUGACCAGCAUGGCCGCCACACGUACAAGGACCUCUACUCGCGCAGCCUCCGCCUGUCCCGGGAGAUCUGCCAGCUCCGCGCCUGUGCCGACGGGGACCUCCGGGAGGAGCGGGUCUCCCUCCUGUGCUCCAACGACGUCUCCUUCGUGGUGGCGCAGUGGGCCACGUGGAUGAGUGGCGGCGUGGCCGUCCCCCUCUACCGGAAGCACCCCCGGGCCCAGCUGGAGUACUUCAUCCAGGACUCGCGCAGCUCCGUGGUCCUUGCUGGCCCGGAGCAUGUGGAAUUCCUAAGCCCAGUGGCCCGGAAGCUGGGAGUCCCGCUCCUACCUCUCCUGCCCACAGUCUACCAGGGGGUGGCCGAGGACCCCGAAGAGGGCCGGGUGCCAGAGCGGGACUGGAGAGACCGGGGCGCCAUGAUCAUCUACACCAGCGGGACCACGGGGAGGCCCAAGGGCGUCCUGAGCACCCAUGACAACAUCAGGGCUGUGGUGACGGGGCUGGUCCACAAGUGGGCCUGGACAAAGGACGACGUGAUCCUCCACAUCCUCCCACUGCACCAUGUCCACGGUGUGGUCAACAAGCUGCUAUGCCCACUCUGGGUAGGGGCCACCUGUGUGAUGCUGCCCGAGUUCAGUGCUCAGCUGGUUUGGGAGAAGUUCUUAAGUACUGAAGCUCCCCAGAUUAAUGUAUUUAUGGCAGUGCCUACCAUCUACAGCAAGUUGAUGGAUUAUUACAACAAGCAUUUUACCCAGCCUCAUGUUCAGGAUUUCGUGCGUGCAGUUUGUGAAGAAAAAAUCAGGUUGAUGGUCUCGGGCUCUGCUGCACUGCCCCUGCCAGUGCUGGAGAAGUGGAAAGGCAUCACCGGCCACACACUGCUGGAGAGGUACGGGAUGACGGAGAUUGGCAUGGCCCUGUCCAACCCCCUGACCGCAGCUCGCCUGCCAGGCUCUGUGGGGACCCCCUUGCCCGGCGUCGAGGUGCGCAUUGUGUCAGAAAACCCGCAGAAGGAUGGCUGCCCCUACGUUAUCCAUGCAGAGGGAAACGAGGAGGACACUAAGGUGACCCCAGGGUUCGAGGAGAAGGAGGGUGAACUCCUGGUCAGGGGGCCCUCCGUGUUCCGAGAAUACUGGGACAAGCCAGAAGAAACGAAAGCUGCCUUCACCUCAGACGGCUGGUUCAAAACAGGUGACACGGCAGUGUUCAAGGAUGGCAGCUACUGGAUCCGUGGCCGCACCUCUGUGGACAUCAUCAAGAGUGGCGGCUAUAAGGUCAGCGCCCUGGAGGUGGAGCGGCUCCUGCUGGCCCAUCCCAGCAUCACUGACGUCGCUGUGAUUGGAGUUCCAGACAUGACGUGGGGCCAGCGGGUCACUGCAGUGGUGACCCUUCAAGAGGGCCACUUGCUGUCCCACCGGGAGCUCAAGGAGUGGGCCAGAGGCGUCCUGGCCCCGUACGCAGUGCCCUCGGAGCUGCUGCUGGUGGAGGAGAUCCCGCGGAACCAGAUGGGGAAGGUCAACAAGCGAGACCUCGUCCGGCAGCUUUACCCACACGAGAAGGGCACCCCCGAGGCUGGACACCAGUGA